AUGAUAAUUAUAAGACUCUCUCGUCACUUCUCAAAAAUCAAGAAGGACUUACUAACCAAUCCUGAGUUUGAUAAAAUCCAUCCUUAAUUUUUAGAUCAUAAACCACCUACUACUUUACAUAGAUAGUCUAAAGAAGUGCCUUAUAUUAAGUCCCUUUUGAGAUAUAAAGACAUUGCUGUACCAACAUUUGAAAAUGCUUUACAUCAAAAUUUUAAAACAUUUGUUGAAGGACAUGUGAGUCCAAAAGGAGCUUUGAAAAACUUAUCAGAGGAGUAACUAAAAUAAAUCCAAACUCAAAUUACUAAGAAAUUGCAAGAUUUAGAGGAUACUGGAUUGUCGAGAGAAGAGAUUUUGACAAAUGGUGUAGAUAAAGGCAUUCCAUUAAGUUAUGAUGCAUUUUUUUAGUUGUUAAAAAAUAAUGAGUAAGCACGUUUGGUUUAUAUGGCUCCUGGAGAAGAAUUCACAGUUUAAAAGAUUGUCGAUAUUGCUUUGAGGUAAGAUAUCGGUAAGGAUUAAUUUAAUGUUCCAAUUAAUAAAUAUCCAAAUAAUAUGAAAUUAAAGAAUCAUGAUAAGUAGAAAGACAUUUUAAUAAACACGAAAGAUCACUUAGAACAUGUAAAUGAAUUGGUUAGUGAUGAAGUCGUAUAUCAUCAUCAUCCCUAACCAAGAAAACCUAUCAGAAGAGUCAACAAUUAUGAUAUCCAUUGGAGAAAUACAGAAUUCUUGGUGUAAUUUUUGAACAAAAGUGGAAAGAUAAAAAAUAGACAUCAAACCAACUUAGCAGAGGUUUAACAUAAAAAAGUAUCGAGAUCCAUUAAAACAGCUAAGCAUAUGCUUCUCUUACCUUCAAAUUCAAUUGUUCAACCUUAUCAUAAGAAAUCGCUCACUAGUUUUGAAGAUGACAUCUAAGAAUUUGCAAGAAGAAAAGUAAAUUUAUCUACAGGCUAAGUUUAUACAGAAACACCUUUACAAAAGAGAGAGAGAUCUUUAGAAAGUCAGACUAUGAAUGAAGAUGAUUAAGAAAUUAAUCCAGGAACACCCAGACCAAACAAUUUAAAUAUUAUCAAAGGUAUUGUCUAUGCAGAGAAAUUGAAAAAGAAAGAAUUAGAAUAAUAAGGCAUUAAAUUGACUAAAGAAGAAGAAGAUAUAAGAAAUUACAGAUUUAAUGGCAAUGAAGUCAAAUUAUAAGCCAUGAGGGAUGAAUAGUUGUUAAAAUAAGAAAUCAAGAAGGAAAUUGAUGCUAAAGACGGAGAGUUUGUGGAAGAAUUUAAUUAAAUCAAAUCUAAUGUUGAGAAAAUCCCAACUUAUUAUUUAAGUUAAGCAUUUAUAAGCGAGUAAACCUUAUAAAUGGAAAGACUAUAGGAACUUGUAUAUUAAAAGCCAAAAUAGGCCUAUACUUAUGAUGAAAGUUUAAGAAUAAUUGAAGAAGUCAAAUCUAGAUUAAAUAAGUGA